GCGAACAAGUGCGUGACCAGCGUCGACCAACGCCGACCUUCUCGAGCUUCUGCCCGCCGGAUCUCAAACCCGAAACAAGACAGGAUAAAAAAGACUUGAAGACGACCUGGUCGAUCAUUCUUCGCCAUGGCGGACGCGGCGCUCAAGCCCGAUCGGGACUUCUCCAGCGAGGUCGACAAGCAGAUCCCCGAGGCGGAGAAGCUCGCAAAGACAGACAUCCAUGCUGCCAUUGAAAAGCUCUCGGUGCUCGAGAAGCAGACCCGCCAGGCUUCCGACCUAGCAUCCACAUCACGAAUCCUUGUCUGUAUUGUCACCAUCUGCAAGAAUGCCGGCGACUGGAGCUUGCUCAACGACCAGACCCUGGUCCUCUCCAAGAAGCACAGCCAGCUCAAGCAGGCCAUCACCAAGAUGGUCCAGACCGUCAUGUCCUUCCUCGACGAGACGCCCAACCUCGAGACCAAGCUGUCCGUCAUCGAGACGCUCCGCACCGUCACCGAGGGCAAGAUCUUCGUCGAGGUUGAGCGGGCUCGCGUGACCAAGAUCCUCUCGGACAUCAAGAAGAAACAGGGCGACCUCAAGGGGGCCGCCGACACCCUCUGCGAGCUCCAGGUCGAGACCUUCGGGUCGAUGAACCGGCGCGAGAAGGUCGAGUUUAUCCUGGCGCAGGUCGAACUCUGCAUUGAGAACGGCGACUGGACACAAGCCGCCAUCCUCAGCCGCAAGAUCAGCACCAGAUACCUCGCCCGAAAACCUAAAAAGACACCAGAGCAGCUCGAGAAGGAGAAGAAGGAGCGCGAGAAAAAGGUGAAGGCGGACGAGGAGGAGCCCGAGGAGGACGAGGAUGUCACAGAGCUCAAGCUGCGCUACUACAAACAGCAGAUCCAGCUGGCUCAGCACGACGCCAAGUAUCUCGAUGUGUGCAAGCACUACAGGCAGGUAUUGGAUACCGAGUCCGUCGAGGAAGACCCAGACCAGCUGCGCUACGUGCUUCAAAGGAUCAUCUUCUUCAUCAUCCUCGCGCCGCACGACAAUGAGCAGCACGACCUCCUGCACAGGAUCCACAAGGACGCGCGGAUCUCGCUGGUGCCCGAAGAGGCGGAGCUUCUGAAGUUGUUCACCGUGCACGAGCUCAUGCGGUGGCCCGAGGUGGCCCGCGUGUUCGGGCCACACCUGCUCAGCACCGACGUCUUCGACUCGGCCCCGGGCCAGUCCUCGGACGAGCAGGCCUUUUCGCGGUGGCAGGACCUGCGCAAGCGCGUCAUCGAGCACAACGUGCGCGUCGUGGCCAAGUACUACACGCGCAUCCGGAUGGGCCGGCUGACGCAGCUGCUCGACCUGACCGAGGACGAGACGGAAAAGUACAUCAGCGAGCUGGUGACGGCCAAGACGGUGUACGCCAAGAUCGACCGGCCGGCGCGCAUCGUCAGCUUCGCCAAGCCGCGCGACGCCGACGACAUCCUCAACGAGUGGAGCUUCAACAUGAGAAGCCUGCUGGGCCUGCUCGAGAGGAUCGAUCAUCUCAUUACCAAGGAGGAGAUGAUGGCCCGCAUCCAGACGGGCGCCAAGUCCAAGAAGGGCAAGGAAUCCAAGCGCGCGCGUUAGGGGCAUGCAGAGCUCCGCAUGCCCGUCCGGACGCGGCAGCCCUGAGCGCCGCACUACAUAGUCGCAGAAUUGCAGACGACUGUACGAAUAGAACUGAAUCUCGGAGAAGGGAGGGUGGGCUCGCUGAACCGGGUUGGUCCGACCGGGUCGGAUCUGAACUACGCUAGUAGCUGCUAGUACGCAGUAACAAUUCAGCGACACACCGCAGGUCGCAUCACACAUGC